AUGUUUCAAACUUAUCUUCUUCAUCUUGCAGAAUGCUCCACAUCUGAACUACUCUUUUGCAUACCUGGAAUAAAUGUUAAUGGUCUCACUGAAAGUGACAUUCACGAAAUUCCUCAAAAUAGUGUUCAUUGCGCUGAUGAUAAUUUGGCUGAUUUGCUGGAAUCUGUCAACAUCAGUAAUCCAACAUGCUCUUCGAGAACACUUGAAGAUGACUCUGAAGGUGCUGAGGAGUCACAUAAUGAGUCGGAAAUUGGUAAAGAACAACUGGUUAUCACAUUGGACGAGGUUGCACCUUCAUCAAGUGGAAAAGAUGAGUUACAAGUACAAAAUAGAGAAUAUUCAUAUGCUCAUGUUUUGAAUACAUCAAAGAAUGUUGACGAGUACGAAGUAUUGAAAAGUAAUAUGGCAAGAAAGUAUCCGUUUGAACUGGAUCCAUUUCAACAACAAGCAGUUGUCUGUUUAGAUCGUGGAGAUUCAGUAUUUGUUGCCGCUCAUACUUCGGCUGGCAAAACCGUUGUUGCUGAGUACGCUGUUGCUUUGUGUAAUUUACAUAAAACCAGAGCAAUAUAUACAUCGCCGAUAAAAGCGCUUUCAAAUCAGAAAUUUCGCGAAUUUAAGCUCAUUUUUCAAGAUGUUGGUCUCAUAACAGGUGAUAUACAAUUGCACCCAGAAGCUUUCUGUCUUAUAAUGACAACAGAGGUUUUAAGAUCUAUGCUUUAUAAUGGAUCGGAAGUUAUUCGCGAAUUAGAAUGGGUCAUAUUUGAUGAAGUACACUAUAUCAAUGAUGCAGAGCGUGGACAUGUUUGGGAGGAAGUGCUGAUUAUGUUACCUGCUCAUGCUAAAAUUGUUAUGUUAAGUGCUACAGUGCCUAAUUGUGUUGAAUUCGCUGAUUGGGUUGGGCGCAUUAAAAAGAAGCGAAUUUAUGUAAUUAUGACUGCGCGACGUCCUGUUCCACUAGAACACUUUUUAUAUACUGGGCAAGAUGGUAAAACUAAAAAGGAUAUGUUUAAAAUUAUCGACAGCAGUGGGCAAUUUGUUCAAAAAGGGUAUUCUCUUGCAAGUGCAGCAAAAGCAAAUAUACGUAAAGCAAGUGCAAACGUGGGACCUGUUGGUUACCGACCAAAUAAUAAAAUUUUAAGUUAUUUGAAAAAUUCCUACGACGACAAGAAUGUUUACAUUACUGUUAUCGACCAUCUACGCAUGCAGAACAUGUUGCCAGUCAUUGUUUUUGUUUUCUCUAGACGAAGAUGUGAUGAUAAUGCGUAUUUGUUGCGAUCAAUUGAUUUGACUACAGAGAAGGAGAAAUCAAGCAUACAUCAUUUCUUUUCAAGGUGUAUUGCGCGCUUGAGAGGUUCGGACAAAAAUCUACCUCAGGUACUACAAAUGAAGGAAUUAUGUAAGCAUGGUUUUGCAAUACAUCACAGCGGUAUUUUGCCAAUUCUAAAAGAGGUUGUCGAAUUGCUCUUCCAGAAAGGACUCGUAAAGGUUUUGUUUGCUACUGAAACUUUUGCUAUGGGCGUCAAUAUGCCCGCCCGGACGGUGAUUUUUGACUCACUGCAGAAACACGAUGGCCGACAGUUGCGUCUGUUGAAUCCGGGGGAAUAUAUUCAGAUGGCUGGUCGAGCGGGGCGACGAGGUCUAGAUGCUACUGGGUCCGUAAUUGUUUUAUGUAAAGGACCUUAUGUUCCCGACUAUCUAGACCUCGUCAAUUGUAUGCAGGGCAAACCGACAAAGCUAGAGUCACGGUUUAGAGUAACAUACUCAAUGCUCCUAAAUUUGUUGCGAGUAGAGCAUUUGAGUGUCGAGGAUGUGCUAAAAAGAAGCUACGUUGAAAGUGCAUCACUAAGAUUAGCAUUGACACAAAAAGCACGCUUAAAACAGACAGAAGAACUGUUGUUACUGAAAAAAGAUCCUGAUUGUACAAUAUGUUUUCCUACUGAAGGCAAUUCAAUUGUUGAUUAUUACGAAAACUUGAGAAUAUUCAUACGGUAUCGAGCUGAAUUAUGGCCUGAAUUAAUUCGAUUUUCGGUUUUGGAUAAAUUAUUAUUGCCAGGACGUCUGGUUAUUGUUUGUUUGCCAGAAAUUGGACGACUUGCUGCUGUGGCAGUUCUUCUUAAGCUAACGGUGGAUGGGAAUUCAAAGAAUAUGGCUUUACUGCUAUCUGCGGUAGACGAUCAACAAGUUACAGAGCAUGAAAAGCAAAAAAGAGACCGUUUCACAAGAAUGCCAGAAGAAGAGCAACAGGAAAUCUGUGAGACAAGCCUAUUGCAGUGUGCAGCAUUUUAUGGUCUUGAAGGACUACCACCACAAAAAUUCUCAGAUCAAGUGCGAAGAAUAGGCACUGUCGUGGAUAGUAUACCACUCAAUCGUUUGAUAGCAGUUUGCCAAAAAGCCAUGAAGAUUGAUCCACUGGCAAUCUUAGAUGAUAUGAAAACAAGGAAUUACCCCAGAAAUCGGACUAAAUCACCAGAUCAAGCUGUCCUGAAAUUAAUUGGUGAAAUUGGUAAUAUAGCAGCAAAUUGGGACAGCACGAAAAAGGGAAAUGUAAAAUUACCAGGGCAAGAUAUACAAGUGAACGAUGUUGAAAUGUUUCAAAAAUUGCGUUAUUUGAAUGAUCUCCGCAAUUUACUCAUAAAUGAUGCAAAUUUUGCUUGUCAACGGUGUUCGCUAUUUCAGGAACAUUUCACAUAUAUACAUGAUAAAAGAAACCUUCAAGGAAAAUGUGAUGAACUUCGUUUAAAGCUUUCAACUGGUGGUUUACUGCUCUCACAAGAUUACAGCGAUCGUAUCAAGCUUUUACGUCGGUUAAGUUACAUUGAUGAUUCAAAUUUGGUUUCUCUGAAAGGUCGUGUAGCUUGUGAAAUACAUCAUCAGGAAUUGUUGAUUACGGAAUUGAUGCUGGACAAUAAAUUUCAUUAUCGUUCAACUGCGGAAAUAGCAGCUAUGCUUUCAGUAACAACAUGUCAGCAUAGAUUAAGGGAGGGCGAAUGCAGGAAAGAUAAGGAAGGUGAAGCGAUACAAACGCCACCAGUAUUAGAGGAGUUGAAAGAUGACAUCAUUGAAGUGUGUAACAGAAUUGGAAGGAUCCAACGAGAAUGUGGUGUAAAAGAUGUUGACAUUUCUGAAGAAUUGAGCUUUGGUUUAAUGCAUGCUGUUUAUGAAUGGGCCAGUUCCAUGCCAUUUGCUGAGAUAAUGCAACUCACUGAUGCACAAGAAGGUUUGAUUGUACGCUGUAUACAAAGAUUGGAUGAAUUAUGUCACGAUAUACGAAAUGCCGCACGAUUAGUUGGUGAUCCUACAUUGUAUGAGAAAAUGGACGAUACAUCGGCAGCUAUCAGAAGAGAUAUCGUUUUUGCUGCUAGUCUUUAUACUGUUCUCGAUUAG